UUGUCCGUCUCUUGACCAUUUCCUUGCGUGCUUAACAUGCAAUGUUUCAGAUCUCCCUUCAAUAUCUGUCGAACCUCACAAGAUCAAAACAAUUCUACAGAUUAUAACAAAAAGCUUUCUUUUUUUCCCAUUUUUGAAGCUUUUUGAUGCAGUUUCUUUCUUAAUCUCCAUUCUUAUUCCUGUACAAUGGUUUUCUGGUCCACCCAUUUCAUUCUUCUCUUCUUCCUCGCUUCUCUCCCCAACACAUGCUUCUUCCGCCCUGCAACUGCUGAUUCUUCUUGCCUCCUUGAGAACUACACCUGUGGAAACAUAACUGUGGGCAUAAAGUUUCCUUUCUACACCAACAGUUCAGUCCAGUCUUGCUCUGGUCUGCACUUCAUACAGUGCAUCGAUCUGGUGCCGGCCGUUCGCUUCUAUGGAGAUAAUUAUGUGUAUCCGGUGAGGAGCAUCUCGUACGAGGAGAAGACGGUCAUAAUCCACGAUCUGAAGCUCAGUUCUUACUUCAGAGGAUGGAACUGUGAUUUUGUUUAUGAUUUCAGGAAGCCACUCCCAGGGUUUAAUUUCACAUCCAUUUCUGAGACGCUGCCCUCUGGGGAAUCCUUAUUUAACUGCAGACAAGACUAUGAUUUCUCCCACGAUAUGUUUCAGGUGGAUUAUAAUCUGUCUCUCUGCAAAAACUAUAGCCUUUAUUACUUCGAGGGCAAUGGGGAUCAGAGUUACAGUUCGCUUCCCAGCAGCUGUUCUUCUUCGAAAGAUCUAUGGUUCCAUUGGAAACUUUUCUUUGGAGGAGAGAAUGAUAAAGAAAUCUCUCUGCUUGGUUUGGGGUUUUCGCCACGAUGGGUGGGCACUGAUUGCUUCAGCUGCCAGAUUUCUGCAAGGAAUUGCAGUGAUGGGGAUGAUUCUGCAUGCAGUUGCAGCAGCACUUGCCAGGCGAAGAAGCGAAGGAGCAACACGGGGAUUAUUAUUGGUGCAUCCAUUGCUGCCAGUUUUAGCGUCUUCAUCACAGGCUGUAUACUCUGCUUUGUCUACUUACGACACCGGCGGCGCAACAGAGACCAACAUCCUAAACAAAAUCAUUCCAGUUCCUCCAGCCUCCUCUUCUACCAAUCAUCCAACCUCAGUCCUAUGUUCUCCGAGAAGGACUCUGAGCUCGCCUGCUACCACUAUCAGACCCACAUUUUCUCAUACGAUGAGCUCUACGAAGCGACCAAUUCCUUCGACCCCGCAAUGGAGGUUGGCGACGGCGGGUUCGGCACCGUCUAUAAAGGGAAGCUUCGGGACGGCCGUGCAGUCGCCGUGAAACGCUUGUACGAGAGCAACUUCAAGCGAGCGGAGCAGUUCUCCAAUGAGAUAGUGAUCCUCUCCCGCGUCCGCCACCAAAAUCUCGUCUCCCUCUAUGGCUGCACCUCGCCGAGAAGUCGCGAGCUCGUACUCGUCUACGAGUUCGUCCCCAACGGUACUGUGGCUGACCACAUCCAUGGCAACCUCGCCCACAAAGGCCGGCUCACUUGGCCCUUCCGUCUCUCCAUUGCAGUCGAAACAGCGACCGCACUCGCCUACCUCCACGCCAUUGACCCCCCUAUCAUUCACCGCGACGUGAAGACCGGAAACAUCCUCCUCGACGCCGAAUUCCAUGUCAAAGUUGCCGACUUUGGUCUCUCCCGCCUAUUUCCACCCGAUGGCUCCACUCACAUUUCAACCGCACCGCAGGGCACGCCGGGCUACCUCGACCCGGAAUACCAUCAGUGUUAUCAGCUCACAGACCGGAGCGAUGUCUACAGCUUCGGCGUCGUACUCGUCGAGCUCAUAUCGUCGAAACCAGCCGUCGACUUCGACCGCGACCGGCUCGAGAUAAACCUAUCAACAAUGGCGAUGAACCGCAUACAAAAGGGGAAUUUGGAUGACUUAAUGGAUCAGAAACUUGGGUUCGACACCAACAUGCAGACGAGGAGGAUGAUGAGGCUUGUGGCGGAGCUUGCUUUCCGGUGUUUGCAGACCGAUAGAGAGAUGAGGCCGUCAAUAAAGGAAGUGCUUGAAGUGUUGAAGGAAAUUCGGAGUGGUGUUCUGUUGGAGCAUUCCAACGAACAUGUUGUGAGCAAUGCGGGAAGUCAGAACGAGAAGCGGCCUUGCUCACCGGAAUCGGUGACGGAAAAGUGGGCGAGUAGGUCUUCAACUCCUAAUUCCAGCCUUCGAGGUUCCUGACGAAAUUCUACUUCUUCUUUACUGUUUACUGCUGAGGUUUUUUACGGUUCGAGUAAUCGUGUACAGUUAAAGAAGAAGGUUAGUGCGACCUGUUUGUAAAUUAACUAUCUUCUUUUCUUAUUUUUUGUAAUUUCUUCUC